AUGGUCACCACCGACUAUUCGUCUGGCCUCCCGACUUCGAGAAGAGUUCCCGCCGUGACUGGCAGCUCGCACGGCGGCGGCUAUACGAGCCCGACGGAAUCAGACUACUCCGACUCUGAGGGCCCGGACUCGGUCAAGAACUGGGACGAAGACAGAGUCUGCGACUAUCUCGCCAGCGUCAAGUGUGGGGAAUACGAGAAGCUGUUUCGCAAAAAUCACAUCAACGGCGAGAACUUGCUGGAGAUGGACAAGGAGGUCCUCAAGGAGAUGGGAAUCGACAAGGUUGGCGACCGCGUGCGCCUCUUCCUCAGCAUCAAGAAGCUGCGAACAAAGGCGUAUGCCAAUCAGAAGAAGCGACAUAGGGAUUCCUUUGCUGCCCUAGAUGUUCUCCCCGUGCAGGCCUAUGGUAGCUCUCCCAAGGUUUCAAACGCACGAUCCGCGCCCGGGAACAAGCGCUACUCGAGACAGGUCGACAUGUCUGGCGCCGGCGCCUCCGACCACGGGAGACCUACAUCUCGGCCCGGCUCUCCUCAAGUACCGGAUGUACGAACGAGACAGCAGCCUCAACAACCUCAGCAAUAUCUCCCCGGGAGAGGAUAUGUGGCCCACGGGAAUCCGAGCAACCCGUCCCCUAGUUCUUCCAGUGGCCGAUUGGUCACCGCUCACACGAGGAACCAGUCCAGCGUGGAUGGUUCGCUCAUGGCUACUUUGCCUCAGGGACAGCAUAUCAUUCGUGUCAUUUCCACUGGUGGCGUCACAAAGGUCGUCAAGAUUGCCGAGUGCAACACGUGUGAAGAUGUCAUGCGUGUCACUCUGCGCAAGUUUGGCCUCCGCGAAGACCAUGAGCGAAACUACUGUUUCUGGGUUUUGGCCGGUAUAGAUGCCGACCCCAAGCAGUGUCGCCGCCUGGGCGACACAGAGCUAUGGCGCAUCAUCCAGAACCAACGGAGGCCGGAGCGUAACCGCUUGAUUCUCAGAAGGGUGCCGGCUGGAGAACCGGGUGAGCAAGAGCUGCAACGCGCCGCCCAGAUUGCCAUGGAGGAAGAGCAGCAGAAGCACGCGCGGGCGCUGGAAGCCGUAGACAAGAGGAGUCAGCUAAAAGUACAAAAGGUGCUGGGCGAGAGCUGGAAUGAGAAGCUUCAGAAUCCCCUGUCACCUAUUUCUUUUGCUGCCCGAGAGCGAAACACGGCCAACGCAUACAGAGAGCUCGACCGGCCUUUGUCGCCCGAUCGCAACCCGCUGAGAAAGGUGGGACUCCGUCAAUUCGGCGGCCUCCGUCCACCGAGCGAACUCAUUGCUUCGGAUCUUACCUCUUAUUUCCCUGAUCAUGCCCGCGAGGACAUUGAUCGAACCGCCAGGCUAUCCAUGAGGAGAUCGACCCGCUUGAGCAAGAUCAAUAGCCGGCUCAGCGUGGCGAGCAACUUGAGUUUUGCCUCGAGCAUCCAGGAUGCUCCUCCCAUUCCUACCAUUGCCGACUCCUGGCUGGGCGGAAACGCCCAUGUGGCCAAGCUUCGCUCUCAAGGGCGAGCUCCCACCAUCUAUAGCAGGGAUUCGAUUGCCUCAUCGAUGCUCGGACCUCUGCAAGAGGAGCCGUCAUCACCUACGGAGCCGAACCGCAAGUCCUAUGUGUCGUUUUCGGACGCAAGCGAUACUACUGGCCUCAGCGUUACGGACCCUGAAGGCAACACGACGAGUACGAGCUAUUACGACGCAGAUGGGUCCACAGGCUCUGGCUCUUUCCAGGAGCUGCAGCAAGCGCUCAACGACGACGGCGACGAAGCUGAUGAAGAACUAGAGAGCUUUUUGGCUGGAGACUCGUGGGACGACAACAAGUGGAUGAAGGGAGCACUUAUCGGCCAGGGAUCAUUUGGUAGUGUCUUCCUGGCGCUACAUGCCGUGACGGGUGAACUCUUGGCCGUCAAGCAAGUUGAUAUGCCUGCUCCUGGCGAGAAUGGCCCAGCCGAUAGCCGGAAGAAGAGCAUGAUUGAUGCUUUGAAGCGCGAAAUCAGCCUUUUGCGAGAACUACGCCACCCCAACAUUGUGCAGUAUCUGGGUUGCAGCUCUUCUACCGAUAACCUCAACAUUUUCCUCGAGUACGUCCCUGGUGGCUCGGUGCAGACCAUGCUCAACUCGUAUGGCGCCCUGCCAGAGCCCCUGGUUCGCAGUUUUGUGAGGCAGAUUUUGACGGGCCUGUCCUACCUGCACAACAUGGACAUUAUUCACCGCGACAUCAAGGGCGCCAACAUCCUGGUCGACAACAAGGGCACAAUCAAGAUUUCCGACUUUGGCAUCUCCAAGAAACUGGAGGCAUCCAACAUUCUCAACGGCGCUGCUAACAACAAGCACCGGCCAUCCCUGCAGGGAUCAGUGUUUUGGAUGGCGCCCGAGGUCGUCAAGCAGACCUCGUACACGCGCAAGGCUGACAUUUGGUCUCUUGGAUGCCUCGUCGUCGAGAUGAUGACAGGGUCACAUCCAUUCCCGGACUGCAGCCAGCUCCAAGCCAUUUUCAGGAUCGGUGGCGGGAAAGCAACUCCUACCAUUCCAGAGCAUGCUAGUGACGAUGCGAAGACGUUCCUGAAUCAGACCUUUGAGCUGGAUCACAACCUGCGCCCCAGUGCUGACGACUUGAUGCUGAGUCCUUUCCUCGCUCAGAUUACUUGAAAGGAAAGACAGCUUUUCUACUUUGAUAUCUAUUCUUUUUUGAUUUUGUCUCUUGAAUUUUUGAGUUUUAAUUUUGCGUCGCAUUUUCUGUGGACCCAGCAAGGCAGGCACCCAUUCCAGAUGAACAAGUUACCAAUAGACGCAAUUGCGGUGGUUAUUUUUUUUUUUUUUUGUCCUUCGUUCUUUUUGCUUUUCUUUGGAGGGUGGGAUUUUUUUCAAUACAUCAUUUGCAGAGACAGGAUAUUUGGAUUCGCUUUGAACAGCCAUGGUAAAAAAGAAAAUGUGUUACGGACACCUUUUACAACGCUGCUUGUAAGAGGGAAUAUUGUGCAGGGAUCUCUUUUGCAGAGUACCUAGUAAGCCUCACGAGAGUCGGAGGCAGCCUGUGGGGGCAAGGACUGCGGUGGUAAUGGCGAAGGAUGGGAUAUGAGAUGGAGGGGAAGCAUUUGAAGAGUGUAUUAUAUGAGACUUGGCAUGAAUGAAUUAUGAUCAUUUGAUACCUGAAGAGACUAUUUUGCCAUUGUGCUGCGUGUUGGCAGUAACUUGUGUGAGUCUAUAAGAUGAUGAGUGAAUAGGUCCCUAAUGUAUUCCAUGUCCCUGUACCUUGGUAGUCAGAUACGGACCACCCAAACACAAGUCCAACAGUUUAAUAGAGCCGCAACCCCGCAGAGAAGAAGAGAGAAUUCCCAAGAAAUCGCUGGGCUGUGGGUUGUCAUUCCACGACUGGCGGCCUAACUGUCAAUUGUCCAUGGAGGUAUCCGGCCACGGUGACAUUCUGCUUUGCUGCCUGGAGACCAAAGUCGGCUGACCAAUGUACCCAAUACCAAGGCCUUGUGUGUCAUAGUUCCCCCUCCCUCGGUUAAUACAAAGUGUAAAAAUAGGAAGUAUAGCUGUGAUGUAGAGAAAGAAAAGACU